AUGGCUCAACAACAACAAUCUUACUAUGAGCUGUACCGUGGCAGCAGCCUCGGCCUUUCCCUAACGGAUACCUUGGAUGACUUGAUCAACGAGGGUCGGAUUGAGCCUCAGUUGGCUAUGAAAAUUUUGUCUACCUUCGAUAAGGUGGUCACCGAGGUUUUGGCCGAGAAGGUCCGGGCGAGACUCACAUUCAAGGGUCACCUCGAUACGUACCGAUUCUGCGACGAGGUUUGGACAUUCUUGAUCAAGGACGUGACCUUUAAGCUCGAUAAUCAGACCACCGUUUCGGCCGACCGUGUGAAGAUCGUCAGCUGCAACAGCAAGCGCCCGGGAGAGACCUGA